AUGGCCAAGCUGGAGCCGUUGAGAAGCGGAUACUAUGUCUGGCACUAUGUCCCCUCGAUAGCAGCCUCCGUGAUCUUCCUGAUCCUCUUCCUCGGCAUCACAGCAGUCCAUUUCUGGAAGCUGUUCAAAACCAAAGUCCGCUUCACGAUUCCAUUCGCAAUUGGCGGUCUAUUCGAAUUCAUCGGCUACGCCGCCCGGGCAGCCUGCACCAACAAAACAGGCAAACUAAUGCCCUACAUCAUCCAAAGCAUCUUCGUCCUCCUGGCGCCAACCCUCUUCGCCGCCGCAGUCUACAUGGUCCUAGCGCGUAUCAUCUACAGCGUGAACGGCCAAAAGCACUCCCCAAUCCGGAUCACGCUCGUGACCAAGAUCUUCGUCACCUGCGACAUAGUCACAUUCUUCAUCCAGGGCGGUGGCGGCGGCAUGAUGGCUCAGAGUGGCUUGGCCAAAAUGGGCCAGUGGAUCAUUCUGGCGGGAUUGGUCCUGCAGAUUGCGACUUUUGUGCUGUUCCUGGUUACUGCUAUCGUGUUUGAGAGGCGCAUCACUCGGAGUCCGACGCCUGCUGUUGUGCAGGGUCAUGUUCCUUGGAAGAAACAUUUGUACAGUCUCUAUGCCGUCAGUGCUAUGAUUCUGGUUCGCUCGGUUUUCAGGGUCAUUGAGUAUGGACUUGGCAAUGAUGGCUAUUUGCUUGGGCAUGAGUGGCCGACUUAUAUCCUAGAUGCUGUGCCCAUGUUCAUUGCUAUGGUUUGUUUUGCGGUUUGGUACCCCAGUGAGUUGCAGCCGUUUUUGGUCAGGGGCGAUGUGGAGGAGGUUACCUCUGAUUCGGUGCCCCUGAAAGCUUGA